AUAUAUAGUGUAUGAUACAAAUAAACCUUGUCCCCAAGCUCAAUACAAAUAAACAACUCAUGAUGGUUGAUAAGUGGACAAGGCAACACAAACAUACAUGAGUCAGUGACACAAAACAACUACUGAAAAUAUGAAGGUCUCRGGAASUUACAUACACGRAACUAUAAGAUUCUUCACAUUUAUUUUCAGGGAAAUCACAGAAACAUUCUCUUCUGCAUCAUGUUUAAAUGGGAGCUUCCUGGACAAAAGUUGUGACAAACAUUACCAAACCUCACUGAAGCACUCUGGCCUGGACUUGUCAUCCGCCCGAAUGGCUUUUCAAAAGCUUGCAGAAAAGGACAAAGUUCUGGCUGAGGUUAAAAAUGUCGUCCAUCGCAUACUCCUUCCCUCCCUGAGUAAGGAUCCCAUUGGGGUGGAGGGUCUGAGGGUGUACCUCAUCAUCCCUGAGCUCUUGAGGGUUCUCCUAAAACAACAACGUGGCAUAGACAUUACUGAGGCCUUUGUGGCUACUGUUCUCAGACUGAACCCAGACAAGCUCCAGGUCAUUGAGGGCCUAUGGUCGACACUGUCAGAUUCCUUCUUCCGAACCGUGGUGAAAGCAUUCCACUCAUUGUCAGCAGAGUACCUUCAGCAGAUGGCAGUCAAACGAUGUGAUCAUGGAAAAUCAUUAAAGAAGACUUUUGGGCUUCUGCAAAGGCUUUAUGAUGUGAACAGCAAGAGACGCAGAAGAAUCACAGUUGACACUUUCCAUGUCAACAAAAUCAGUUCUCUCUUUCAGUCUAAGCUGGUACUAGACUUAAAUUCAGAACUGRCAGAGCUKKUCUGGGAUAUCUCAGRAGAGGAUGACACAUAUUGGAUUGAAAGUGAGAYGAUAUUGAGCAAAAUAAAACGUUAUAAGGAUAACAUAUUCUGCCUCCUGAAGGACUACCCCUGUAUCCUGGACACUGAAGCCAAAUGUACAGUGUGGAUGUAUGCAUUUGAUCAGAUCAAAGAUUGUCAUGAGGACAUCGAAUACGGUUGGCUUUGUGACAAAACCGUCAAGGUGGACCGGGGAACACUUCUGGAUGAUACCUUUCAGCAACUGCGAAAAAUGACUUGCCACAUGGUGGCUUUAAAGGUAAGUUUCAAGCAGAGAAUGGUGUGGAUGAAGGUGGUGUUUCACUGGAAUUCUUCAGCCUCCUGGGGAGGGAACUUCUCACAAUGGAACCAAAGACACUGGAGGUUUACGAGUCUGGACUAGCGUGGUUCACAACAGAUGACGGCGGUGUCACUGAUGAAUUCUACUUACUUGGGCUACUCUGUGGGAAGGCCCUGUUUAAUCAGUGUGUUCUGAACCUCUGCUUCCCUCUGGCUCUCUUCAAGAAGCUUCUGGGUCUGACUACAACAUUGGAUGACCUUAAAGAGCUGUCUCCAACUGAAGCAAGCUGCUUGCAGUAUGUGUUGGAUGAAGAUGAGGAGGUUGUUGAAGCGCUGGAUUUGGUUUUCAUGGACAAAGGGCAAGAAGUGAUACCGAAUGGGAGGAGGUCC